CGACUUCGGAGCCCAGGAGCCCCCGCGGCUGCCGCGCAGGUGCCCUCGGCCUGGGUCGGGAUGGAGCUGCCUGCUGUGAACCUGAAGGUGAUUCUCCUAGGUCACUGGCUGCUGACAACCUGCUUCUGGAGACAUUUCUCUGCCAAACCAAGAUUGGAAACCAUUGAGCUCACCUGUGCAUUUUGCAAACUUCGAAGUGCAGCGCACAGGGCAACAGCUGGGCUGCAUUGUAUUCUCAGGCUCCUAUGCCUGGGCCAACUUCACCAUCCUGGCCUUGGGCGUGUGGGCUGUGGCUCAGCGGGACUCCAUCGACGCCAUAAGCAUGUUUCUUGGUGGCUUGCUGGCCACCAUCUUCUUGGACAUCGUGCACAUCAGUAUCUUCUACCCGCGGGUCAGCCUCACGGACACGGGCCGCUUUGGUGCAGGCAUGGCCAUCCUCAGCCUGCUGCUCAAGCCGCUCUCCUGCUGCUUCGUCUACCACAUGUACCGGGAGCGCGGGGGUUUCCUUGGGUCUUCUCAGGACCAUAGUGCCUACCAGACGAUUGACUCAGCAGAGGCGCCCGCAGAUCCCUUUGCAGUCCCAGAGGGCAGGGGUCAAGAUGCCCGAGGGUACUGAAGCCAGUCACGCUGCGCCCGGCCCUGCCCCGGGCCUUCCUCGUGCCUGGGAGGUCAUUCUAGGGAUGCUCCUGACCUCCGUCUCUUGGACCUAAGAUGGAAUGUGUCCCCAGCUCAGGGAUUGGCUGAACCAAGAGGCCAGGAGCCCCCAUGGGCCACCCAGUGCCAUGCACACUCCUGUCCCGAACUCCCUGAGGCCUCCCUUCCCUUCAGGGCACCCGCUGGUUCCCAGGCUGGAACCAUGGUCUCUCUUUACCUCCUACCCCAUCGUGGCACCACAGAGGCCCUCAGCCGAGUCCUGCCUGAGUGUUGCAAGCUCAGGCCUUUAAGGACCGCUGAUGCCCCCUCAGGCCUCCCCCAAGUUUGUUGGGCUUUGGUGGAAGCCCUGAGAGCUUCAGGUCCUGCUCAGCCUGAGGAGCAGUCUGGCAUGGGAGUGAGGCCCCAUCCUUCUCACUGCCUGGUCACAUGGUGCCUAGGGAUACAGGGCUGGAGGCCAGAGGUGUCAGCAACACUGUGACCCACCACAACCUCCAGCCUCCCUUUUCAGACCCACAGCAUUAAAGUUUGGGGAAUUGUGUAGA